CAUACUCCAUACUGCUAAUAAGAUACAUCACCAACGAAUUUCCUUUCCAGAUUAUUAUUAAAAAUAAAUAAAUAAAUCCAACCCUUCCUUCUCUCUCCAAUUCCAUUCCCCAUCUCUCUUUUCCCCUCUCCAUUCACCCACCCACUCACUCACAGCAGAGACAAAUGCGGAGAUGACUACUUGACGAUGGCGGAAGAAUACUCGCUCUUUUUAAUUAUUAGUUUAAUUUAUAGCCUCUGUUGAUAGUUGCCCAGAGACUUGGUGCACCAAUCUCCGUCAAUUCCAAUGUCUUCAACGUUCAGUUCCUCACGAAAUAGUCCUGGUAGCGCCAGGCUACAGCUCCAGUUUGGUGCUGUUAGAUCUUCUUCUUUAAAGAAGCCGCCCGAGCCGCUCCGCCGUGCCGUGGCUGAUUGUUUAUCAUCCGCUGCUGUCGCCACCUUUCACCAUGGAAUUUCACCUGCCACCUCGACUGAUGCUUCUAGAACGCUUCUUGAUUAUCUGGCAGCCCCUGCAACUACUGAUCUGGCAUAUGGUGUCAUUCUGGAACAUACAAUUGCAGAGAGGGAGCGCAGUCCAGCAGUAGUUGGAAGAUGUGUGACACAUUUGAAGCGUUACCUUCUACGAUGUAUACCUAGUGAGGAGACAUUAUCUCAGAUUGAUCGGUUUUGCCUGAGCAUAAUUGCUGAGUGUGAUAUCAGCUUAAAACGAACAUCAUCAACUUGGUCUGGAUCUCUGAAUCAGCAAUCUGUUUCAUCAACAGCACCUGCAAAUUACUCGCCUUCCCCACCUGUAUAUAUUUAUGCUUCUGAAGCUCUUGUAAAGUCAUUAAAUUAUGUGCGUUCCCUUGUAGCCCAUCAUAUUCCAAAGCGACCUUUCCAACCAGCAGCUUUUACUGUAGCUCCCUCUGUGUCUAGACAGUCACUUCCAACUCAGCCAUCUUUGUUUAGUAGAUCUUUUAAUUACCAAUUAAGCCCUUCAAGUGGCGCAGAAUCUUCAGAGAAGAAUGACCCUACUACUUUACCUGCUUCAAACUUAUCAAAUGUUGAAAAUGAUGAGGUGGCCGAGGAUCUUGAUUACAUUGCAGAUGAUGUUUUGAAGUGGCGUUGGGUUGGGCGACCAUUUCUAUCAACUGAGAGUGAUCGUCCUGUGGAUCUCCAUGAUGUGAGUGUAUGCAAAUUCCUAGAAUUAGGUGCUGCAGCUCUACUUGUAGGAGACAUGGAAGAUAAAACGAAGGGCCAGCCUUGGAAAUAUUUUGGAACAGCCGAUUUGCCUUACCUUGAGCAACUGCUGCAGCCUUCAUCAGUCACAACAAUUACCAAUUCAGCCUCAGCUCGUCGCCACUUGAGAACAAUAACAUCAUCUAAGCGGAGUAAAGCAGGACCUCACCAAAUCUGGGAGGAUUCUCCUGCGAGCACGUUUCGCCCACGUGCGCGACAGCUCUUCCAGUAUCGUCACUACAGUGGACAGCAACCUUUGCGAUUAAACCCUGCUGAGGUAUGCGAGGUUAUUGCUGCAGUUAGCUCAGAGACAUAUUCUGCUAGUGCCAAUCAUUUGACUGUAUCUAGAUUAAAUAAUAACAGCGGAAAGCCAUCAAUGGAUGUGGCUGUGAGUGUUCUUAUUAAACUUGUCAUUGACAUGUAUGUUAUGGACUCCGGGACAGCUGCUCCUCUCGCUCUGUCCAUGCUUGAGGAAAUGCUUAAUUCUUCAAAAGCUGCUUGUAGGGUCCGUGCCUUUGAUUUAAUUCUGAACCUCGGGGUUCAUGCUCAUUUGUUGGAACCUGUGUUGAUCAAUGAUGCUUCUACCAUUGAAGAAGAGUAUUCACAAGAAUCAUGUUCUGACUGUGAAGAACAACUUCCAACACAGGGGAACCAAAAGGCAGAUUCUGUUAAUAAGUUGGGAACUUCAUCAGCAAUUAAUAACUUUGAAUCGUGGAUUUUAAAUAUUUUAUAUGAGAUACUUCUUCUUCUUGUCCAGACAGAGGAGAAGGAAGAAUCUGUUUGGGCUUCUGCUUUAAGCUGUUUACUUUAUUUUGUCUGUGAUAGAGGCAAAAUCUUGAGAAACCGAUUAGAAGGCCUUGACAUAAGGGUGAUUAAAGCCCUAAUAGAGACUAGCAGAAAGAAUUCUUGGGCAGAAUUGGUUCAUAGUAAGCUCGUUUGCAUGUUAACGAAUAUGUUUUAUCAAGUUUCUGAUGGGUCUAUGAUGACUGUCGCAAUGAACCCAGUGUUUCUCAUAGACGAGCUUGACCUGAUUGGGGGAAUUGAAUUUAUUUUCCAUGAGUAUUCUCUUGCUAACUUAAGAGAAGAGAGGAGAAAUCUGUACUUGAUUCUUUUUGACUAUGUGUUGCAUCAAAUAAAUGAAGCAUGCGUAGCAGCUGGGGAAUCUGAAUUUAGUGAUGAUGAGAUUCAGUCUAUUGCAACUCUCCUCACUCUUGCGAAUGCACCUGAAGCCUUUUACAUUUCUGUUAAGCUGGGUUUGGAAGGCAUUGGGGAGCUUCUGAGAAGAUCAAUUUCUGGUGCACUAUCUAGAUAUCCCAACAAUGAACGACUCAAUAUGCUCUUGGAGAAUGUAACAGAGAAAUUUAAUGCAAUAAUUAGUUCCUUUACUCAUUUGGACAAAGAGUUCUCUCAUCUGAUUGAAACAACCCAAUCUUACAAGUUUCUGGAAAGUGUAGAGAGUGCAGUUCCAAGAAAUGGUGUCGGCGUGAAAGCAAAACUGUCAUGGGCCACUUUGCAUUCUCUUCUUCACUCAGAAAGGAUUGCUUACCGUCAGAAUGGCUAUACCUGGUUGGGUGAUUUGCUUAUUGCCGAGAUUACUGAGGGAAGGGAUGUGAAUGUAUGGUCAAAUGUUAAAGAAUUGCAGCGAAAAAUUGCCUAUGCUGGUGUACAUGAUUCUUCUGUUUCUUCAGAUGUUCCUUUAUCAAUUUGGCUUUUGUGCGGGCUUUUGAAGUCUAAACAUAAUAUCAUCAGAUGGGGCUUCUUGUUUGUUCUAGAGAGACUUCUCAUGCGAUGCAAAUUUUUGUUAGACAAGAAUGAAAUGCAACACCCAAGGAGCAGUAAUGCCAGUCAUGAGCAUGCAGAUAGCAGACUCGAGAAAGCAAAUGCUGUGAUAGAUAUUAUGAGCAGUGCUCUAUCCUUAGUGGCUCAAAUAAAUGAAACAGAUCGUAUCAACAUUUUGAAGAUGUGUGACAUAUUGUUCUCUCAAUUGUGCCUGAAAGUUCUCCCUGCAACUGCAAUCCCAAAUGGUGAAGGAAUGCAAAAAAGUAAAGUUUGUGGUGGAGCGGAUGAAAAUAAGAAAAAUGAUACAAGUGAUCGCACCUCUCAACUAAAUGACUUCCACUGGAAUGAAUUCUUGGAAGAAGCUGAUAGCAGAUCCAGAUCUAGCUACAGCAUCAAUAGUUCUCUGAUAUGCAAGACAGCAUCAAUGGCAGCAAUGCUUCUCCAAGGACAGGCUAUUGUUCCUAUGCAAUUAGUUGCACGUGUUCCUGCUGCAUUGUUUUAUUGGCCACUUAUUCAACUAGCUGGUGCAGCAACAGACAAUAUUGCUUUGGGGGUUGCUGUUGUAAGCAAAGGAAGAGGAAAUCUUCCUGGUGCAGCAUCGGAUAUCAGGGCAACUCUUCUAUUGCUUCUAAUCGGUAAAUGCACAGCAGAUCCUUCUGCUUUCCAGGAAGUUGGCGGAGAAGAGUUUUUUAGGGAACUUCUAGAUGAUACAGAUUCAAGGGUAGCGUAUUACUCUUCAGCUUUUCUUUUAAAGAGAAUGAUGACAGAAAAACCUGAUGAGUACAAGCACAUGCUGCAGAAUCUCAUCUUUAAAGCACAGCAGAGCAACAAUGAGAAGCUGUUGGAAAAUCCAUACCUUCAGGUGCGCGGCCUGCUUCAACUCUCAAAUGAUGGCUUGUAAUAUAGUGACUCUCAUAGACACUGCAAUGCUGUGUAGUUUGAAGUUCUUUACUCUUGUCAAACGUGAUCUUUCACUCACCCGGGGACAUUUGACAAGGUCUUGAAGGUCCAUAAUCGGAUCAUGCCUGGUCUUUUGCAAUAACACAGGUUGGUAUCUGUUAUAUGGAAAUACUUCAACCGGGCAAAAUAUUUGAUUAAAGUGGAGUAAAAGGUUCCAGACCUCCUCCCCGACAUACCAAUGAAAUAAAGGCUCAGGUUAACAGUGAAAUAAGAAAUAAAGGCUCAGGACACGAGGCGAAAGCUGAGAAAUCACUGUGGACCUUAUAUGGUCCAAGAUCAACUGCGUCUUCAAUUGUUGCACCAAUUCUCCUAAGAUGGAUAUGCAUUGAACAGACUGAAGGAUUUUUUGAUUGGUGUACCAAGUUGAAAUAUAUGCAGCAAGCACUAAAAGAUUGGCCAGAGUAAAAGAUGUUCAGGAACUUUUGGAGCAACCCUGUUCAAUGAUUCCAGUCAUUGGUUUUUUUGCCACUAAAAUCUAACAGAGUUCAGAGGUUUAAAAUGUUAUCAGUAAUUGUGUGCAUAAUAUUUAGAGAAGGCUUUCAGGCAGCUUCAAAUCAAGUCUAAUUUCCUCAUUGUACAGAAUCAGGAUUCCUCUGGGCCGUUUUUUUUUUUGGUACCCGAGGCAGUAUUAAAAAUACAGGCUUCUUUUUUUAAACAGCCAACAUUCUUAAUAAAAACCUCCGAGUUCGUUUUUAACUCAUAAGAGGUUUAUCAAUUUUGUUGUGAAGAGACGCCCUGCAUUAUGCAUGCUCAGUGACCAGGACCUGAAGGUGCUAGCUGGCCUGGAUCACAAAGCUCUCCAGCUGCAUUGUUUAGGAAAUGUUGUGAUUUGGACCGUCUCCAGAGUGGGUUUCUUUACCUGUGUUAUUGAUUUUUUUAUGUUGUAAAUAUGUAAUUUUUCUCUUUAUGGCGCGCCGCCUCCAACUUGGUGUGAUCCUUGUAUAAUGGCUUUUGUGAAAUGUUCCUUUACUGAGUCUAUGGUGUGCGAGUUAAUUUAAAUAGAAAGUCCCAGUUCUCGGCUC